UCUCUCUCUCUCUCUCUCGAUAAGCAGAUAUAUAUACAUUAACCAUUAAGAAUAAGAAAUAUCUUAAGCAAUUGGUUGUGUGUGCAGUGUAGUCUUUGACUUGACGAUUCCUCACGUGAAAUUCCGUUUGAAACAGAACACACUAGAAGCCAAGGCCGGCACACUGAAUCGCUUGACUGAUUUAGAAAGUGGUUGAGAUUGGAACAGCAAUGGAGGCUCAGCAGAGAAGAGUUGGAGGAGGAUUGGUGCCGCUAUCGCCAUCCCAGACACCGCGUUCCAGCGAUAAGCCAGUACGAGAUCUGCGAUCUGCGGAUUCGAAUUCCAAUAGUCAUAGCAAGUAUGACAAAGACAAAGGCGUCAAUGUGCAGGUUCUUGUGAGGUGUAGGCCAUUGAGUGAAGAUGAAAUGAGGCUGCAUACGCCGGUCGUGAUUUCGUGUAACGAAGGUAGAAGAGAAGUUUCAGCUGUCCAGAAUAUAGCCAACAAACAGAUCGAUAGAACCUUCGCAUUUGACAAGGUGUUUGGUCCCAACUCUCAACAGAAAGAACUGUACGAUCAGGCAGUGUCUCCUAUUGUGUAUGAAGUGCUUGAGGGAUAUAAUUGCACAAUUUUUGCAUAUGGACAGACAGGAACGGGGAAGACGUACACAAUGGAAGGAGGCGCAAUAAAAAAGAAUGGAGAAUUUCCAAGUGAUGCUGGUGUCAUUCCAAGAGCUGUGAAACAGAUUUUUGAUAUAUUAGAAGCUCAGAAUGCUGAGUAUAGCAUGAAAGUAACAUUUUUAGAACUUUACAACGAGGAAAUAACGGAUCUUUUGGCACCUGAGGAGACUUCAAAAUUUAUAGAUGAUAAGUCUAAGAAACCUAUUGCUCUAAUGGAGGAUGGAAAAGGGGGUGUUUUUGUCAGAGGAUUAGAAGAAGAGAUCGUUUGCACUGCAAAUGAGAUUUACAAGAUAUUGGAAAAAGGUUCUGCGAAAAGGCGUACAGCUGAGACUCUCUUGAACAAACAAAGCAGCCGUUCUCACUCCAUAUUUUCUAUCACGAUUCAUAUUAAGGAAUGUACUCCAGAGGGUGAAGAAAUGAUUAAAUGUGGAAAGCUAAAUCUUGUGGACCUUGCGGGAUCUGAGAAUAUUUCGCGUUCUGGUGCGAGAGAGGGUAGAGCAAGGGAGGCUGGAGAGAUAAAUAAAAGCUUGCUUACACUUGGUCGAGUGAUUAAUGCUCUAGUUGAGCACUCAGGUCAUGUACCAUAUAGGGAUAGCAAAUUAACCAGACUAUUGAGGGAUUCCUUGGGUGGUAAAACGAAAACGUGCAUUAUUGCUACAGUAUCACCCUCAAUUCACUGUCUGGAAGAAACUCUUAGUACCUUGGAUUAUGCACACCGUGCCAAAAAUAUCAAGAACAAGCCAGAGAUUAAUCAGAAAAUGAUGAAAUCUGCAAUGAUUAAGGAUUUGUAUUCUGAAAUUGACAGACUAAAGCAAGAGGUGUAUGCAGCAAGAGAGAAGAAUGGAAUCUAUAUACCGCGUGAUCGCUACCUUCACGAAGAAGCAGAGAAGAAGGCCAUGACUGAAAAGAUAGAACGCAUGGAACUAGAAGCAGAAUCAAAGGAUAAGCAACUGAUGGAGCUUCAAGAACUCUACGAUUCUCAGCAACUUUUGACUGUUGAAUUAAGUGUUAAACUUGAAAAAACUGAGAAAAGUCUAGAAGAAACUGAGCAGUCAUUGUUUGAUCUUGAGGAAAGACACAAACAAGCAAAUGCUACAAUUAAGGAAAAGGAAUUUUUGAUAUCAAAUCUUCUAAAAUCUGAGAAAGCACUUGUGGAGCGUGCAAUUGAACUACGAGCAGAGCUCGAAAAUGCGGUAUCCGAUGUGUCAAACCUCUUCUCUAAAAUAGAGCGGAAGGAUAAAAUUGAAGAAGGAAAUAGAAUACUUAUCCAGAAAUUCCAGUCUCAGUUAGCUCAACAACUUGAAGUUUUGCACAAGACAGUGUCAGCAUCGGUAAUGCAUCAAGAGCAGCAACUGAAGGACAUGGAGGAAGAUAUGCAGUCUUUUGUAUCAACGAAAGCAGAGGCUACUGAAGAUCUUAGAGUAAGGGUAGGAAAGUUGAAAAACAUGUAUGGUUCUGGUAUUGAAGCUCUGGAUAAUUUAGCUGAGGAGCUUAAAGUAAAUAACCAGCUAACUUAUGAAGACUUGAAAUCUGAAGUAGCCAAGCAUUCAUCUGCCUUGGAGGAUCUCUUUAAAGGAAUCGCCUUAGAAGCUGAUUCGUUGCUAAAUGAUCUCCAAAGUAGUCUCCACAAGCAAGAGGCCAAUUUAACUGCCUAUGCUCAUCAACAACGCGAGGCACAUGCCAGAGCAGUGGAGACUACCCGUGCAGUAUCUAAAAUAACAGUGAACUUCUUUGAGACAAUAGACAGGCAUGCAUCCAGUCUGACACAAAUUGUAGAAGAAUCACAAUUCGUUAAUGAUCAGAAAUUGUGCGAACUUGAGAAGAAGUUUGAGGAGUGUACUGCUUAUGAGGAAAAACAGCUACUGGAGAAAGUGGCAGAAAUGCUAGCAAGUUCGAAUGCCAGAAAGAAAAAACUGGUUCAAAUGGCAGUUAAUGAUCUUCGAGAAAGUGCAAACUGUAGAACCAGUAAACUGCGGCAAGAAGCAUUAACCAUGCGGGAUUCCACUUCUUCCGUCAAGGCAGAAUGGAGAAUUCACAUGGAGAAAACAGAAUCCAACUAUCACGAGGACACUUCUGCUGUAGAAUCUGGGAAGAAAGACCUUGUGGAGGUUCUUCAAAUCUGCCUCAACAAAGCCAAAGUUGGUUCACAACAGUGGAGAAACGCUCAAGAGUCCUUGCUUAGUUUAGAGAAGAGAAAUGCUGCUUCUGUUGAUACUAUUGUUAGGGGAGGAAUGGAAGCUAAUCAAGCUCUACGCACUCGAUUCUCAAGUGCUGUGUCAACUACACUUGAAGAUGCAGGAAUAGCAAACACGGAUAUUAACUCAUCCAUUGAUCAUUCGUUGCAACUUGAUCAUGAAGCUUGUGGAAAUCUGAACUCUAUGAUUAUCCCGUGCUGUGGUGAUUUGAGAGAACUGAAGGGUGGCCAUUACCACAGAAUUGUAGAGAUAACUGAAAAUGCAGGGAAUUGUCUUCUCAACGAAUACAUGGUUGACGAACCAUCUUGUUCAACUCCAAGAAAGAGACUCUUCAAUUUGCCCAGUGUUUCAUCCAUAGAAGAACUAAGAACCCCAUCAUUUGAGGAACUGUUGAGGUCAUUCUGGGAUGCAAAAUCUCCAAAACAAGCAAACGGAGAUGUUAAGCAUGCAGGGGCAUAUGAAGCCGCUCAAUCAAGGAGAGAAGAAAAAGGGGCCAAUCUUUAUGGAGGCCGCCAUGUGAAAGGGUUACCUACCCUUUUUUAGUUAGUUUCGCUUCUGCAAGGAAGUAACCUAUAUAUUAUUGAUGUCA